AUGUCUCAAGCUCGUGGAUUCGACAGGACGAUUACGGUUUUUUCUCCUGAAGGACGUCUCUUUCAAGUAGAGUAUGCUUUCAAAGCUUUUAAUUUGGCAGGAAUCACCUCCGUUGGCAUAACAGGUCAAAACAGUGGAUGUGUAAUUUCUCAAAAAAAGAUUCCAGACAAGCUAAUUGAUGCUUCAACUGUCAACCAUGUUUUUCCUAUUACUAAAGGAAUUGGUUGUGUAAUGACAGGCUCUAUUGCUGAUGCCCGAGCUCAAGUUUCCAGAGCUCGUAGCGAAGCAGCCGAGUUUGAAUACAAAAAUGGCUAUCCUAUGCCUUGUGACGUUUUAGCUAAGCGUAUGGCUAAUAUUGCACAAGUUUCUACCCAACGUGCAUCCAUGAGACCUCUAGGAGUUGCUAUGACUCUUGUCUCUGUUGACGAUGAGUUUGGACCUUCCCUCUACAAAUUAGAUCCCGCCGGCUUUUAUAUCGGUUACAAAGCUACAAGUGCUGGUACUAAGCAAACUGAAACUAUGAAUUGGUUGGAAAAGCGAUACAAAAAAAAUGGUGUUCCACCAAAUUUGACUGAAACUGUCGAAACCGGUAUUCAAUCGUUAAUGAGCAGCCUGAGUACAGACUUUAAGGCUACUGAAUUACAGAUUGGUGUGGUAGAGGAGAACAAACCUUUCAGACUGUUAUCUGUCGAUGAAAUUGAUGCACAUUUGCAAAGUAUUGCCGAAAAGGAUUGA